AUGUUGAACAACAUGGAUUUGAACGCGAAAGAUUCUUUUUACCCUCAGUUUGACAACUGCAACGGCUCAUCUCUGAGCAUGGAGGCCGGUGCGAGGAAGGACGACCGCCGGGACGCGUUCGGCGAAGCUGAGCGCUCGGUACCCGCGCAGUUCGGCCACGAAGGAGCCCCCGCGACCCUCAAAACCGAAGCUUCCAACUCGGAAUACGCGUUUAACCCUUGCGAGGGCUCCAAAGACGCCUACACCCCCUCGUCGUCCUCGCUCGCCUAUUCCGGCAGCUUCUACGUGGAAGCCUCUCAGGGGGCGCCGUGUACCACCGAGACUCUUCUCAACAUGAUCACCGAGAUCGUGGGCAUAUCCACGAUGCAGCUCUCCGAGGCCCAGCAGCAACAGCAAAGCGCCAGCAGCAACAGCAACAGCAGCAGCAGCCGGGGGGCUUCCUACACGCCCCCGAUGGACAGCUCGCAUUUCGGGGACGUCAAGAGGCAAGCCUUCACUUCGUCCCCGGCGCCGGAGCCGUCCACCUCCCAGCUCGGCUUCACCAAAGCCGAGCCCAAGUCCGAGGCGGCUUCCUUCCCUGUUGUGGUCAAGAAUGAGUUCGAGAGCUACGAGUGGGGAUCUUUCUGCAAAUCCGACUGCUUGGAGAGCAGUUUCCACUCGGAGACCUUCCCUAUGUCCAACGACUUCCCGCCCGAGCAACAAAUGGACGUGAAGGAACUUUUGGACACCUUCCCGGCCAUGUGCCCCAAUCCGGACGUGGAGUUCAAAGUGGAAGGGGGCAUCAAGCAGGAGCAGUGUUUCUCCGACACCUGCUCCCAGAGCUACGCCUACAACGGUUACCUCCCCCCGCCUAUGGGCCUCACUUCUAGCCUGAAGCCAUACCCAGAAGCCCCCCCCUCCAAUCAGUGCGACUCCACCAUUUACGCCUCCCCUGCUUUGCCCAGCACCAUAGACUCCAUCCUCUACUCUUCCUUGCUGCCCGACUCCUUCGCCCAAAGUUACACCACCACCCGUGCCGCCGCCACCACUAGCACCUCGACCACCGCCACUAAGCCCCCCAGGGCCCGGAAGAGCACGGCCGCCUCCUCGCACGGCCCCCCCAAGGAGAAACCCUUCACCUGCCCCAUGGAGAGCUGCGACCGCCGCUUCUCGCGCUCAGACGAGCUCAACCGCCACAUCCGCAUCCACACGGGCCACAAGCCAUUCCAGUGCCGCAUCUGCCUGCGCAGCUUCAGCCGCAGCGACCACCUGACCACGCACACCCGGACUCACACGGGCGAGAAACCCUUCUCCUGCGACGUGUGCGGCAAGCGCUUCGCCCGCAGCGACGAGCGCAAACGGCACGGACGCGUGCACCAGAAGCAGAAGGAGAAAAUGGAGCUAAAGCCUCAAGUGACUCCCAAUGCGUGGCCCUUCGCGCUGCCCGAGGGCAUCUGA